AGGCAAUUUUCAAAGGUCAUUUAUGAAGACAAUAUGGCGGAAAACAGAAGAGCGAAGGAUACUGAGAGUAAUUCUUCUUUGAUUUCUGCUGAGGAGGCUGCCUUAUAUGACCGACAAAUCCGUCUAUGGGGACUGGAUGCACAAAAACGAUUACGAGCAUCAAAUGUCCUUCUUUUUGGUUUGAAUGGCCUUGGUGCAGAAAUAUGUAAGAACAUUGUGCUUUGUGGAGUGAAAUCUUUGACACUUAUGGACAAUCAAAAUGUAACUGAAGAUGAUUAUACAGCACAAUUUUUAAUUCCUCGAGCGGAUCUUGGAAAAAAUCGUGCCAAAGCCUGUCUAGCUCGAGCACAAAGAUUAAAUCCCAUGGUUGAAAUACGAACCGAUAUUGAGGAAAUUAAGACCAAAGAUAGCAAGUUUUUCAAAGAUUUUGAUGUUGUCAUAUUGACUGGAUGCGCACUUGAUGUUAUGGUCCAAGUAAAUGAAAUUUGCCAUGAGUUGAAGAUAAAGUUUUAUGCUGGAGAUGUUUUUGGUUUUUUUGGAUUUGCAUUCAAUGACUUAGUGCAACAUAAGUUUGUGGAGGAGCAAAAGAAGUCGACAGGGGUAAACUUGACUGAAAAUGAAGUACCACCUCAGAAGAAGGCAAAACAAGAAGAAACUGAAACAAUACUGAUUGAAAAGUUUCUAGAUUUCACAACACUGGAAAAGGCCCUUGAUACAACCUGGGUUAAAGACCAGAAACCCAAAUUUCUAAAAAGAAUUUCCAAAGUCUACUUUAUAUUCCAAGUUUUAUUAAGGUUUCAUCAAGCAAAUGGACGUAACCCACAAGGUCUGACCUCCACUCAAGAUAUUGUGGAUUUACAAAAAAUAAAAAGAGAAGUACUAAAAUAUAUGGAAACUGAUGAGGAUCUAAUAUCAGAUGAUUUUGCUAGGCAUUGUAUGGGCACUAUUAGUCCAACUUGCUCUGUUAUUGGUGGAAUUUUAUCUCAAGAUGUUAUCAAGGCUUUGUCUGGCAAAGAUGCACCUAUCAAUAACUUUUUUUUCUUUGAUGGACUUACUGGUGAGGGAAUGGUCGAAUGCUUGCCAAUAAAAUCAUCACACUAAGCAAAGUUCCGCAAAAAAUGUAUUUGCUCCAAGAUGUUACACCAAAUUUCCAUUCCAUGUCGACCAAAGGAUUCACCAUGAAUGUCUGCGCAAUGGCAUUACGUGAUAUGGAAAUCAGGUUGCUUUUCCAUGCUUCCUCGAUAUGUUGCAACUUUUCUUGUGAUAAACCUCGUAAAAAACACAUAAAAACACGUAGUUCAUCAAUGAUAAAAUGUUUGGGAUUUUUUUGAAGGCCAUAGAGGGAGGGAGGAAGUGGAGAGGGGAGGGCGGAAGGUACAGGAGGAAGGAGAGAAAAAGGAGGUAAAUACAGCAUAUUAAUAUUUUA